AAAAAGAAAAAGAAAAAGAAACCGUUCGUUUAAUUUGAACACCAAAAAGGAAGAGGAGGAGAGAGGAGAAGAGGAGGAGAUCAAAACCCUAAUAAAUAAUUCGAUCGCUCUCCACAACCCAUUCUCUUUGGAUCGGAGGAGGAGGAGGAGGAGGAGGAGGUGGAGGCGAAACUAUUCGUGUUUAUCGCUUCGAUCCGGGGGUCUUUUCCCAUUUCGAUCUCGUAAAUGAUCUAGCUCGUAAAGAUGGGGAUGUUUGAGUGAAAGAAAUCGACCAAAUUAUUGCACAUUUAGAGAAGAUGGGUUCGGUGGGUGCGAUGACAUCCAGGUAUAAUAACGCCGCUAGUUCGAGCUUUGGCGUGGAGAAAUUGCCGGAUGAGAUGAACGAGAUGAAAAUUAGGGAUGAUAAGGAUGUUGAAGCCACAGUUGUCGACGGGAAUGGGACCGAAACCGGUCAUAUAAUUGUGACAACUAUUGGCGGCAGAAAUGGCCAGCCAAAACAGACAAUUAGCUACAUGGCCGAGCGGGUUGUGGGGCAGGGAUCAUUCGGAGUUGUUUUCCAGGCGAAGUGUUUGGAGACGGGUGAAGCAGUGGCCAUAAAGAAGGUGCUUCAAGACAAGAGGUACAAGAACCGCGAGCUGCAAACCAUGCGGCUACUCGACCACCCGAACGUGAUCGCUCUGAAGCACUGCUUCUUCUCGACAACCGAGAAGGACGAGCUCUACCUCAACUUGGUACUCGAGUACGUGCCCGAGACGGUUCACCGAGUUGUGAAGCACUACAACAAGAUGGGGCAGCGUAUGCCGCUGUUAUAUGUGAAGCUUUAUAUGUAUCAGAUUUGUCGAGCACUGGCGUACAUUCAUGGUAGCAUUGGCGUGUGCCAUAGAGACAUCAAACCACAUAAUCUUCUGGUGAAUCCGCAUACUCACCAGCUGAAGCUGUGCGACUUCGGAAGUGCGAAAGUGUUGGUGAAAGGCGAGCCAAAUAUAUCAUACAUCUGUUCUAGAUACUACAGAGCUCCGGAGCUCAUUUUUGGCGCGACUGAAUACACUACGGCAAUUGAUAUAUGGUCCGCGGGGUGUGUACUUGCGGAACUCCUCCUUGGACACCCUCUAUUUCCUGGUGAGAGCGGAGUCGACCAGCUUGUCGAGAUCAUUAAGGUUCUAGGUACUCCAACAAGAGAGGAAAUUAAAUGCAUGAAUCCAAAUUAUACCGAGUUCAAAUUUCCGCAAAUCAAAGCUCACCCAUGGCACAAGGUCUUCCAUAAACGCAUGCCGCCCGAAGCAGUCGAUCUCGUCUCCAGGCUUCUCCAGUACUCGCCAAAACUGCGAUGCACCGCCUUGGAGGCAUUAAUCCAUCCCUUUUUCGCCGAGCUUCGAGACCCAAACACCCGCCUACCAAACGGCCGAUUCCUCCCUCCGCUUUUCAAUUUCAAGCCUCACGAGUUGAAGGGGGUGCCGACGGAGAUUGUGACGAAGUUGAUUCCCGAGCACGCGCGAAAGCAAUGCGCCUUUCUAGGGUUAUGAGGCGGAUUAAAAUGAUCCGGCAAAUUAGGUGUUUAUAUAUUAUGAUCAUACAUAUAUGUAUGAGAUUUUGGGAGCUACUGUGUUGAUGUGCUUAUCCUGUGCUUAGUUUCAGUCCCUGCUAUGCUUUGAGAUUAGUGAGAGAACAAGUAAGCUUUUCUUCCAAAAUCUCAUAUGGUUGUAAUGUUUAUGUUUCGAGAAGAAAUUAAUCUCCCUCUUGUGUAUGUAAAUUGUUUUAUUUAAUGCUAAUGAUGGUUGUAAUUUUCGU